AGCUAACAGAGAUAAAACUAUGUCCCUACUUUCUAAGCAGCUCAUCUGUUGUAGAUCUGCUAAGUAAAAAAAUCAAUUAAAUUCUUCAUCAUAAGUAAUAAAAUUCUCGGAUACAACUGUUAGUGUAAUGGAUGUAUAAAGAGAAUGUUCAUGUAAUAACCGUAGAAUUACCUGUACAUAAUUCCUUGGUCAUCGACUACAGAGAAUUUUUCCGAAAUUCUUUGUAAAAAAUAGAUAGAUCGAAUUACUUUGACGUCAUGAAGCUGUUAUGCGUGCAAGAUCCCGAGCGAGCUGUCAGCAAAGCGUACGAUAAGCAAAUCUCUGAAUGGAAGAAAACUUACGACCAAGCCAUCAAACUCUUGCUUCUUGGCGCAGGGGAGUCUGGCAAGACGACAAUCAUCAAGCAGAUGAAAAUCUUGCAUAUCAGUGGCUUUUCUGAGGACGAAAAGAGAGAAAAAACCCUGGAAAUCCGGAGGAAUGUUCUGGAUUCAAUCGUCACUUUAUGCCAGAAUAUGGAGAAGGUUGGCUGCGUGCUCGCCGACCCCGCGAACGAAGAAGCGCUGGUCCAGGUCCUACAGUGCAGCAUAAACCAGCCAGGGAAGACCAUGGAAGAAACGCUCGACCAGAAAUUUUAUGAUAACGUCGCUGCCCUAUGGAAAGAUGAUGGAAUUCAAUCAACUUACGCUCAGCAGCAUAAAUACCAGCUCAUCGACUGUGCUAAGUAUUUCUUAGAUAAAUUGGAGAACUUGAGGGAUCCAUCAUAUGAGCCCAGCGUGCAGGAUAUCCUGAACAGCAGAAAAAUGACCACAGAUAUUCAGAAAAUUGAAUUCAAGACUGAUAUUCCCAAAAAAUAUGGCGGCGGCAAGCAGACUUUUUGGAUGUUCGACGUUGGAGGACAGAAAGGGGAGCGCAACAAAUGGAUCCAGGUAUUCGACGGCAUUCAGGCAGUGCUAUUCCUGGUCGCCACGAACAGCUUUGAUCAGAUGACCAGAGAAGACGACACCACCAACAGACUUGAAGACUCCUUGGAUAUUUUCGACAACGUCUGGACCUCUCGGUUCCUACAGAGCGCUGGGUUUAUAAUCUUCCUCAACAAGCAAGACAAACUCAAGGAAAAAGUCGUCACAGAGAAGAGAUCUCUGAGCGAACAUUUUCCUGACUUUGAUAAGUAUGAAGUAAAUGCAAGAGAUCAAGUGGCCGGUGAGGAUCCCGAGUAUUUGCGAGCUCGCUGUUACAUCAGAGACCUCUUCAUUGAAAUCACCAAAAGACCGAUGCCUGAUUCAGUUCGUAGAAAAAUAUCCAUUGCGCCGGGCAUCAAAUUUAACGAAGAAGGAGGACCUAAGAAGGAGUGCUACCCACACUUCACCACCGCCACGGACACCGACAACGUCAAGCUCGUCUUCGAAGACGUGCACAACAUGAUCAUCCUCACAAACUUGAGCCAGAUUGGCAUGUAUUAACUCACAGGAUCUUCUAGAUAGUUUGAAUGAAAAAUAUGCUGCAAAUGUAUUUGAACAUCAACUUUAUUUGUGAUGAAGAUGACUGUUGUAUGACGACUUACGGCGGGACAUUUCUCCGGUUCACCGACAAUUCAGUAGAUAAAUGCUGCUUGUGUCCUGACGGAGCUAUAACGAAUUUUUAACGGAGGAUGUAAAGUGUACUUAACGAUCAAAGAGUGUAAUACUAUCCUUAAACUGAGGGCAUUAAGUGUUAAUAUGGCUUCAUUCUACAGCAAUUUCAUUAGUAAUGUCUAUUAGUAAUCAGUGCAAUUACUCUUUUUUCUAUAUAAUUCAAUACGACAUUUAUGAAAUUAUGCUUUCGAUUUCUAUUUAUUUCUCUAAUUGUGUAUUAAUGAAAGCAGUCAUAACAUUGUUCUUUGAUGAGAAUGAAAUGGCGCCUAUGCCGAAUAUACAACACUGUUGAGCCCCACAACUAUAUUAGUUGUGAAGGCCGUAUAGAUGUUUUUCGGUGAAGCCUCUAUUUCCUCCUUCACCAGUUGUAAACAUUAGUGUUUUUAUAGAUGCAUUUUUACUUGUGCCAUUUUUUAGACUAACUGUAACUGUGUACUGGUUAUUAAUUUAACUUUACCGAAACAUUCACAUAUUUGCAAUUAUAUCUUUUUAAUUAUUUCAUGUAAUUUAAUCCGCAGCCAGUUAGAUCCCAAUCAGCAAGUAAUUUAGAACUCCGACGAAGAACUUUAUUUUACUCUGUUUUAUUACAAUCACUAAUUACAUAUGUAAAACAAACCAGAUGAUAUCAUCAACAUUGAGGACUUGAUGUUAUGAACUAAUUACUCCACGAAAGUUUUCCCUUGAAUAAUUUCGAAAUUUUUCUCAAAUAAUUGAUGCCGAAAAAAAUGUAUGUAAAUCGACUUUGGAGAGAUAAAAGUUUCUCAUAUAGUGGUACUGAUUUGGGCCGACGACAUCUGUGAAUAGUAGGCGAAAUUUCUGUGGCAAUAGUCAUAAAUAUUGACGUGUUGGUAUUGUAAAUUUUUUAUUGUAGUACAAGCGUUUAAAUCAAUUACAUAAAUAAGCCCGGCU